AUGAUAUCAUGUGAUCCUCCCAAGGAAGACAAGAGAACAAGAAGAAGGAGAAGGUGGCUUUGGAAUUUCGACGAAUUUCGCCUCCAAUAAUCCUUUUCCAAGAUGAGUUCCUUAUUCAGGUCCGAGGAGAUGACAUUGGCCCAGCUUUUCCUUCAGUCUGAGGCUACAUAUGCUUGUGUUAGCGAGCUGGGUGAACUUGGCCUCGUACAAUUUAGAGACUUGAAUCCAGAUGUGAACGCUUUCCAGAGGAAAUUUGUAAACGAAGUUCGAAGAUGCGAGGAAUUGGAAAGAAAACUCCGAUUUCUGCAGAAGGAGAUAGAGAAGGCAGAUAUUGUGAUGGUGGACAGUGGAGAGAACCCAGAAGCACCACACCCCAGGGAAAUGAUUGAUCUUGAGGCUCAACUUGAGCAGCUUGAAAAUGAAAUGAAGGACAGUAAUGCCAACUAUGAAGCUCUGAUGAGAAGCUUUCUUGAACUUACUGAACUCAAACAUAUUCUGAAGAAAACCCAGACUUUCUUUGAGGAGGCUGAACACCAUGUACAUCAACAACAGAUUCAUGACCCCAACAAAGCUGAUGAUACAGCAUUCCUUCUUGGUGAAGAAGCCCGUGCUGCCCCUGCUACUCAACUGGGGUUUGUCACUGGUGUGAUAGCUAGGGAAAGAAUUCCUUCCUUUGAACGUCUGUUAUGGCGUGCGUGCCGAGGGAAUGUAUUUUUCAAGCAGACGGAGAUAGAGGACUACCUUGAGGACCCAAGCACUGGUGAUCAAGUCAACAAGAGUGUGUUUAUUAUCUUCUUUCAAGGAGAGCAACUCAAGUCUAGAGUCAGAAAGAUCUGUGAAGGGUGUUGAGUCAAACUAAAGACCAUAGACACAGGCUACUGGUCACAGUAUCAAACAAUGUCAAUCAGUGGUUUAUCAAGGUGAAGAAGAUCAAGGCCAUUUAUCAUACCAUGAACAUGUUUAAUCUGGAUGUGACCCAGAAAUGUUUGAUUGCUGAGUGUUGGUGUCCAGUUGCUGAUUUGGACCAAAUCCAGGCUGCUCUCCGCAGAGGAACUGAAAGAAGUGGUGCAAGUGUUCCAUCAAUCUUGAACAGAAUGAACACCCAACAGGACCCACCCACAUUCAACAGAACUGAUAAGUUUACCCAGGGGUUUCAAGUUAUAGUUGAUUCAUAUGGUGUUGCCAACUAUCAGGAGGUCAACCCUGCUCUAUUCACUGUCAUCACUUUUCCUUUUCUGUUUGCUGUGAUGUUUGGUGACUGUGGUCAUGGCCUUAUCAUGGCUUUGUUUGCCUUGUAUCUGGUGCUCAAUGAGAAGAAGCUGAAGAGCUUCAAAGGAGGUGGAGAGAUGUUUGAAACAAUGUUCCAUGGUCGCUACAUCAUCUUGUUGAUGGGAGUUUUUGCCGUCUACGCUGGUCUGAUCUACAAUGACUGUUUUUCUCGAUCUUUUAAUAUCUUUGGCACUGGGUGGUACUUUCCAAACAGAACUGCAUACAGUGAUGCAGCAUUGCACUCUUAUGAUGGAGAUUCAGACAAAACAGUUAAUCUUGAUCCCAAGGACACUUAUGGUGGCGUACCAUAUUACUUUGGUAUAGAUCCGAUUUGGCAAGUUGCAAAGAACAAGCUGAAUUUCACCAACUCUUUCAAGAUGAAGCUCUCAAUCAUUCUUGGAGUGAUUCAUAUGAUGUUUGGUGUUUGUCUUAGUUUCUUUAAUCACAAGCAUUUCAAGAAGCCUAUCAAUAUAGUGUGUGAAUUCAUACCUCAG